AUGAAAACAAGUUUUAACAAAGAGUUACACCGUGUUUUAACUUCGAAACUUGACGAUAACCAAAGUUACAUGAGUAGUGAACAGUAUUUGACUUUCAUAGAAGAGGUUAAAGCUGCAAAAAUAGCAACAAAACGUACAACAUUACAAUAUCGUCGUUUAAAACGUUUUGAUGUGUGUAAUAUUGGGGACACGGAAAAGUUAAUUAGUGUUUUAUCUACCAGUAGUUCCAAAAAUCUUAAAUAUUACGUCAAGAACGAAGAAUUGUUCGAUAUUCUUCAUGAAAUAAAUAUCUAUUGGACACGGUGGGAGAAACAGAAUGGUUGCAGAAGCAAAAAAAAAAGGUAUGAAAAUAUAACUCAAGAGGCUAUUAUUUUAUACCUUCACUUAUGCAAGCCAUGUCAAAUGAAGCAAAAAUCUCUUAGAAAAGGUCUCGUCGUUAAACCUAUUUUGUGUGAUGAGAUGAAUAGUCGUUGUCAGGUAGACUUGAUAGACAUGCAAACAAGUCCUGAUGGAAAUUUCAAGUUUAUUUUAGUUUAUCAGGAUCAUCUCACUAAAUUCAUACAACUACGUCCUUUACAAAGUAAAAUUGCUGAGGAAGUAUCAAAGAUACUCCUUGACAUAUUUUGUAUAUUUGGAUCACCCUCAAUACUCCAGUCUGACAAUGGCAGGGAAUUCGCUAAUCAAAUUGUGGAAAGUUUGACGCAAAUGUGGCCAGGUCUGAAAAUUGUGCACGGGAAACCUUGUCACAGCCAGUCACAGGGCAGUGUCGAACGUGCCAAUCAAGACGUUCAAAGUAUGCUGAUGACUUGGAUGAAAGACGAAAACUGCGAAAAGUGGUCAGAAGGGCUUAGAUUUGUACAACUUAUGAAAAAUAGAGCCUAUCAUCACGGAAUUAAAAGGCCACCUUACCAAGCUAUGUUCGGUUGUGACGUAAAAGUGGGCCUAAGAUCUUCAGCACUUCCAACUGAGACAAUCGAAAAUAUAGAGAACGAGGAAGACUUGGAACAAAUUCUUAAGAUGUUAGAAGGAGACGGAAAUAAUGCUGAAAGUGAGACAAUAACAGAUGUAAAUCAGGAAGAAACUGUAGGAGAAGCAGCAAAAAACAGAACAGACUGCGACUGUAUUAAACGACAGAUAAUAGAUACUAAUAGAAAAGGCGCAAAAGAUUCGUUGACAGUACAAGCAAAUAAAAUGACAGCAUUAUCUAACAUAAAGUUUUCUCCGUGCAAAAUAGGUGACACAGUUCGGGUGAAAAUUCCUGACGUUGAUAGAGGUAGAGGCGACUUUCCCAAUGUUUUAAUGGUUGUACUUGAAUGUAAUUAUGAUGCACUGUAUAAAUUGCGUAACCAGUUUGGCACUAUUACUGAAUUAUUUUCUAGGAAUCAAUUCACUAUAUGCGAGGCGAAAUUUUUAGACGUUGAUAUUGUUUCUCCCGAAAAAAAAUCAUUACGCCAAAUAGCUAAUGCUAUAUCCACAACUGGAGGAUAA